GAAAUCUGAUGAACAUAACCCAGUCUUUUUAUAUGGAUACUUUUCUGCAUAUACUCUAGGAUUUUUAUGACAAGCUUUAUCACAACAUGGACAAUACCAAUAGCUCAAAACAGCAAUGGAUACAGCAAAAAGAACAUUAGCAUUAGAAAUCGAGAUCCACACACGUAAUCGUUUACAACAUUGGUUUGCAGACAAAGCAUUACAUUAAUUUUAAAAUUAAUGGAUUUAUUAUUUUACAAAAGAUAGAUACGUCAGACUUCUGAAGGUGAGCUUGCCUAAAAACCUGUAUUUUAUCGCAAGUCUUUUUAAAUAUUAAAAUAAAUAAAAAAAAAAUGAGUCAAAAAAGCAAUCUUUGUUAAAUUUUAGCUCAAUCGUCAUUUUUGUAAUCGUUUCAAUUUUUUUUGCGCUGCAAUAUCGCAAAGUUUGUUUUAUCUUAGUUGUAAUCGCUUACGUGAUGGAUCUCAAAGAGCCAUAGCACUAAUGCCUCCAGCGUCGUUUGUUCCAUUUGGUCCAUCAUUAGGGUAACCGAAACAUUACUUCCUGGCUAACCAUUAAUAAAAUAUGCGUAUUUUUGCUUUAUAUACAAACUUACAAAGUAUCAAAAAAGAGGAUAAAGAGUGCUUAAACACCUGAAAUGGAGGUUGAGGAAGAUACUCGCACUUUUAAAGAAAAAGCUUUGUUUUAUACGACUGCUUUUUUUAUCUUACUCGGUACAUUUAGCUUGUUUGGAUUUUUGUUUUUGGUACCAUUUGUCAUUGAACCAGCUUUUACGACAAUUUUUAUGCAAUUCGACGAGAAUCCAGCACUUUGCGUAACGAUCGAUAGGUUGGAUCUAUUUUCCGCAUCAAAUUGUAGUUGGGCAUCUUGUCGUGAAGGAUGUACUCGAGAUAUAUUUAAGUGUACACAAAUACGGGUCAGUUAUAAGCUUGGUGUCAAUAUAACAAAUACAAAUAUUAAUAACUCUAUGCCACGUAGAGAAGCAUUACUUGCUAAUAAUGAUUUUACUAGCAAUUAUUUCCGAAUACCUAAGAGUUUCUCAACGUCCUCUAAUUCCAAUUAUAGAGUAGAACGCGCCAUACGGGAGUACGAUGAUAGUUACAUCAAUUUAGAUACAAGUAGGGGCUUGGUUUUUGAAGGUGACAAUUUAGUUGAAUAUAGUGAUGGUACUGGUCUACAAGGAAAUGAUUCAGAAUGGUUUUUUAUUGGUGCUAGAAUCUUUCCAAAUGUAAAAGGUUGUGGUUACCCGCCUUUUCUAAACUGCACAAUUUGGAAUAAAAAACAUCAAGAUAUUGGAACUAAUUUUACAUGUUAUUAUUCUAAAGUGGAUCCCAGCAUAGUAAUUACAGAUUUGAAUUUAAAAACUAACAAAAUUAAAUUGAUAUUAGCAAUGGCUAUACCGAUACCAUCUUUUAUUAUAUCUGUAAUAUAUUUAGCAAUUGCAUAUUUUGUCAUUUAUAAUGAAGAUAGUGAAGAUGCACCGCUAGAUAAAAACGCCGAAGAAAUUGCUGAAGAUGAUGACAUAGAAAUUGAUAAUGAAGAGGAUGUAAAUACAGGAGAAGCAGACGACAAUGCAAUCGUUGAUGGAGCUACAACAGAUGAAAAUUGCUGUAUAUCAACUAGUUUAGAUGCAAUAGACAUUAAUUUAGUAAAUGGUGGUACAUUGUUAACAAAAAACUCAAAAUCUCUAACACCUAAUUCAGUUACGGACAUCAAUUCAUUUGGUCAUCAACUUAAAGUAAGAAUGGUUGAUGAGUUAUCGCGAGAUAGUCUAGAUACAGGUGCUUUGUCAAACUCAGUUUCGAAUCCAGGAACCUUGAGCAAAACAAUGACAACAUCUAUAUCAACUCCUCCAGGACCAAUAGCAGCCGUAUAAAAUGUAUUUUUCAAUUUAUAAAGUUAAUGUAAAAAUAUUAUAAUCAAUUUAGCCUUUUUUAAAAUUAAUAAAAAAAGAGAAAAAAAAACUGUUAAUUUAAAUUAAUAAAUAAAAUAAAACCUCACGAGGCACAUCGCUCAUAAAAAAUUCAAAUAUCAAAGUUUCAUUUAAAUAAAAGUAAUUCAAAUCUUAAUGAAAAAUUUCAUUUUUCGCUACAAAAAAAAAAAAAAAAAAAAAUAUAAAAUUUUUAUCUAAACUACAAAACUAAAGGUUCUUUUUUAAAACGAUAUUACAGACGUGAAUACAACAAACUAUACAAAUAAUUUUUAAAAUUUUUUUUUCAUCAAAACGGAAAUGAAAAAAUAUUAAAAACUUUACUAUGUUUUCCUUAAGAACUUCAAUAUUUUUACCUGUAUCUUUUAAAUUUAUUUAUUAAAUAAUGUUGAAUCAUUUUCUAUGAAAUUGUUAUUAAAUUAGUAUUUUGACUUACUUCUUUUCCAAGAAUAUCAUGAAAGUGUGUCCUGUCUGAAUUAGAGAGUUAACAGUAGAUAGUAAUCCACACAGAAUUGCGGGAGUUACCUACGUAGUUAAAAUUAUUAGAGAUAACUACAAUAAUUAGCGUUUUAUAGUAGUUUAAACUCUAGUUUAGACAGAGCAUAAACUAAUAUAUAAUUUUUUAAUUGUUGAUAUUUUUUGUAAAAAAAUCUUCAUAAUUUUUCACUAAAAAUUAUUAUCUAUAAUUAGUCAAAUAUAAAAAGCUUCAAGACUUUUAAAAAAUUACAACUACAUAAUGAUUUUAGAAACACAAAAAAAUAAUAUCUGAAAAAACAAGUCAUUAAAUAAAAAAAAAAUUGAAACAACUUAAUAGAUUCAUUCAACAAAAAAAAAAUCUUAUGAUCAUGUUUGAUAAAAUGAUAAGGGUUGAAGCACGAUACAAUAUGUUUAUGUUAUAAGGGUGUCAAAAAAUAUUGUAUCAUGCAAAUACUUAACUUGCAUAAGCUCAAAAAACGUGGGAUAUUGUGAAUAAGUUAUUAAUUAUUUAAUGUUGCUGCCUUUUUUGAUACCAAAUAAAUCUUAAAAUUAUUUAUAUUCUGGUUCAUUAAAAAUUAUUUGUGUUCCAUUCUCUUAUUUAUCAUUGCUCAUUCAUGAUUAAAAUUUAAUUGAAAAAAAUAUUAAUAAUAUUUAUUAUAUUAAACAAAACAAUAAACAAAACAAAAUAUAAAUUAAUAUUGAUAAAAAUACUUGCUUUCGCUUUAGGGUUUUUUCAACUAUAGAUCUAUUUUUUGUAUUCAAACAUGAAUGUACUAAAAAUUAUAACAAU